AUGCCCAUGGCUCGAGCAGCGCCCUGGCGCCCGCUCCCCGGGCUGCUGCUGCUGCCGCUGCUGCUGCUGCUGGCGUCGGGCGGGACGCGGGGCCGGGCGCCUCUCGAGGCGGGGGCUCAGGACAAGGGCGAGACCAAGCCGGGUGCGGGCGGCAGCCCCAGCCCCAGCCCCAGGCCCGAGCGGGCGCUGGAGGCGCCCAGCCUGCCCCCCGGAGCGGGCGGAGACAGGUGCCUGGGCUAUUACGACGUGAUGGGUCAGUGGGACCCGCCGUUCAACUGCAGCACGGGGCCGUACCACUACUGCUGCGGGACGUGUGGCUACCGCUUCUGCUGCCGGAACGCCCCGCGCCGCCUGGACCAGAGCCGCUGCUCCAACUACGACACGCCCAGCUGGCUGCAGACCGGUUCUCCGCGCUCGUCCGGAGGCUCCCUAGACGGCGGCACGGGCGGCGGCGGCGGCUCCGGGGCGCCCAGCCCGGCUCGCGACCGUGCCCACGUAGCCGUCUACAGCGUGUGCGGGGUCGUGGCCGUGCUGGCGCUCGGCGCCAUCCUCACCCGCCUGGGACUGGACAAGGCGCACAGCCCGCGGGCCGAGCGCGCUGUGGCCAGGACUCUGACCGACCUUCUGAAACAGCCCGGGCAGAGCCCCUCGGCCGCACGGCCCCCACCCCUGGGGAGCAGUGUACAGCUGCAGAUGGGGGACAGCCUGCCUCGGGGCUCCCCCCGAAAGAGCACAGACAAAAAGCACUUGAACCAUGCCCCUCUGGGGACUCCAAUCCUGCCCUCCCUGGGGCUCGGCCCUUCUCACGGAUCCCGGCUGCACCUGGGCAACAGCAUGACCUUGCAGCCCGACUACACCAAGUACACCACCCUGAAGGCCGCCGAAAGCACCUCUGGAGAAUUCUACAAACGCUUCCCAUCGGUGGACGUGCCUGUGCCCAGCACCGUGUCCCUCCCACCCCGGGUCCCCAGGCACCACAAGGAUCUGCCCCUGCUGCUGGACGGCUGCCCCUGGGCCACGCCAGGUCCCAGGGCCAAAGGGCUAAGAAGUGGUGGUACUCGGCCAUCUGCCUCCGGGCCAAGCCCAGGGCCCCCCAGCUGCCAGGGCUGGGCCACUUCCCGGGUGCCUCCUAGGACGCCCCAUGGGUCCCGGGCCCAGCCCUCCCCAGCCCCACGUCGGGCCCCAGGCCACGCGCCCAAGCAUCAGUUCAGUGCGGAGCAGCUGAGUGAGGCCUUCAGCCACCAGCCCCCUGGGGGGCCCCGCCAUCUGACCACCAAUAGCAAGGCUGAGGUCACAGUGUGA